UAUUAAAUUAAAUGUUUGGCUUCUUGAAACCCAGACACUAUGGGAUCGCAGCGUUGUCACUCUACGGGUGUUACAAGCUAUCCCACCAGAGUAGUCUCACGAAGAGAUAUCCAUGCCUAGACCUCAGUAGGAGCAAGGCUCUUCCUCAAAGUAUGAGAUUCCCGUCAGAAUUCUUCACUACAAGAUUUAUCAAUCUUGGCAAAGGAGUGACUACAGAAUGUGAAGAGAGUAAAAGCAAGACUCUGGGAGAGUUCAAACUGUCAGAUCUGAGGGAUAAGUACAAAAAUUGGAAAAAAAAAAGAGAAGAAAAGAAGAUUGUGAGGGAUGAAGAAUAUCCGAAUAAAAUUAGGAUAAUGAUGUCAGAGAUUAUGAUUAUGGGAUUGGGAUGUACAGACAGCAAAAUGUUGUGAAAGAAGCAAGAAGAAAUGCAAGAUAGUUUAGAAUCUAUAAAAUUUCAGAAAAAGCUAGGUCAAUGAUACAAAGAGUUGGUCUUUCUCCUAAAAGGAAUUACCUAUGAUGAUUCUAUCGAGAAACUUGCAGCAGUUAUGGAAAGCUCUGAUGAGGACUUAGACCACUUUUUCCUUAACAUAAAACUCUUCCUCGAAGGUGCUCACAAAGAAUUUGUAAAAAUCGCAGAGAAAUACAAAGAUGAGAUGCCAUCAAAAUUACACAAACAGAUUUGUUACACUGAUGAAGAAGUAUAUAGAUUCCUGUCCUCUCUAAGCGAGUUCUACACGGAAAAUGAACUCAAAGAGAGAAUCUCUACUUGGGAUUAUUUCGAGAGCCAUCUGAAGGAGUUCGCUGAGUCUCCAGCUACCAGCCUUAAGAGGUCAUAUGCCUUAAAGUAUUUCCAUAACAAAUCAGAGAGAGCAAAGUUAGAUGCGAAUCCCAACUAUUCCCCACAAUUCUUUGAAGGACCAUACAUUGCUCCAAUGAACUUGGACCAAGGAGACUUUGACAUCCUGCUUCUUCAUGGCAAUGCUAGCCACUGAAUCAAGUGAUGGUCCAUCUUGGACACAGAAGAUCAGCAUGAUCCAGAUAUUUGGAUCAGAAGCAAUCUCAUCAAAGACUUAAAGAAAGCAGGAAAAGAGCCUAGAGUGAUCCAUGGAACAUAUGAGACGUUCCAGCAGAUCCAUGAAUACACCAGCAAGAACAUCCCAGAACUUGACCUAUUCGAGCUUGGUGAAAAACUGAAAGAAGCACUUGCAAAAAUCGGGGUUGGCAAAAGACCACUCAUCAUCCUUGGUUACUCAAUGGGAGGAAUUCUUUGCAAGACUUUACUAAACAUCUCCCCUGAAAUUGCUGAGAAUACAAAAGGGAUCAUCUUCUUUGCAUGCCCUCACUUCGGAAGUGACGUCCGUGACGACACUCAUCAACAGCUUGGCGAAAUCAUCAGUGGGAUGAAUAGAUUUAUGAACCAGAACUGUAUCGAUGAUGAAGAGUUCGUCACAACAGUGUUGGAUAACCUUAAAAUCUCUAAGCCUGCCCACUUCCUGAUCAGCCCAGAUAGAAAAGCGAACCUCAGUGUGAUCAACAACAAAUUUAAUAAGUAUGGGAUUAACUGUAUGAGCAUCAUUGAAGGAAAGAAGGUAUACUUCCCCAAGACGGACCACCACUACUACGUUGUCAAGCCUGAAUCAGCAUAUUGGCCCGGAAGUAUCAAAUUGACAAUGGAUAACAAAAACCAUUUCCAGAUCACCAGAAUGAGCGAAAACAACAGCGAACUAGACGACUGCUAUAAGACCAUCUUCAAAUUCAUCAAAAAUAACCUAUAAAACC